AUGACUCGUGGCCCUACAAUCGUGCGAGUGGCUCCGGGAGGCGGUGGUGGUGGCGGCAUCAAAUGUUGCUGCUGCAGGUGUUGUGAAUGCCUUAAUUUUGGUUAUUUGACUACUCAACAUGGUGCGAUAAAACUAGCUGAGGCUAUGCUGGGUGGUCUAUGUCAAAGCCUGCUGGUAAAGUACGGGCUAUCCGAAGCGAGUAGUAUGGGUUCUGCUUUCCAUGGUUUCCUCACGACUGCGUCCGCGUGCCUGUUCACAACCGCUUUGCUGAUCGCUUGUUAUGUACUUUCAUCAAAUUCACAACAUCUAAUACGUCAAUCUAUUUUUGAGUGUAUAUAUAAUGCAGUAGCGUGUUUUAUGUAUCUGUCAGCAUCUUCAUAUAUGGGAGUAGCAGUGAACAUUUACUUGUAUCCUCGAUAUGCUCUCGUCAAUAUGUACUCGGCGUAUCCAGCGAUGACUGCAGUGUAUUACAUUGGCGUGGUAGUUGGAGUACUCCAUGGCGUGGAUGCCUACAUAUCCUAUAAGUACCACAAAGGAAUACGA